GAGGAUCGAAAAAGAGGCUACUUUGCUUUGCUUUGACAACAGAAAGUUAAAAUGGCGUAUUAGGAAGGUUAACAUUGCUGAACAACUUGGCGUAAUUUGUUUUCUUUGUUGCAUUGAUCGACAUGCUUAUCUAUCUUGAAAGUAAAGUUUUUCCAAACAAGACAUUUGUCUUGGUUGUCAACCAGUAUGACAGAAUUGCAAGGGCAAGAGCCCAAAUGAUGCAUGUAUUGUAUGAACUUGGUAAACCUGAUCACCAGUUUCGUUUGAGAUUCAAGGGAAAUUACUUGCGAGAUGCACAUACAUUUGAGAAUUACAACAUUCUUGACAGUUCAGUCAUCAAGAUGGUGCCAAUGGCUAAGAGCAUGAAAGAUGAAUUCAUUGACGCUCAAAAUGUAGCUUUGAGUAGUCUGAGUCUUGGUGAAGGAAAGAAGCCACAGAAACACAAAGACGAGGCUCAGCUUGCUCUUGAUAAAGAGGUCAAGAUAUUUGGUCACAGGGAAAAAUUCUUUGUUGCGUUUAGAGUCCUGCUAUGGAUUCACAUUCUUGGCUGCUUCUUGAGCCUACUGACUGUUUACAGAUAUUCUGCUGUUUGGACAGCUAUCUUGGUAUUCUACGGGUUUCACUAUUGCCCCUACUACACAAGAGUUGGAGGUUAUGUUGGAAAAGUCAGUUUUAUCAGCAAAAGAUAUUUUCUGUUGACGUUUGGAAUUGGAGCAGUAUUAAACCUGGUGGCAUCCAUACUCAUGGGAGUCUUUCUCAUGCUCGACAUUAUUAAACACGGUUGUGCAGAAUUUAUAGCAGAAUGCUCUUAUCUGAACGUCUGGUCCGUUUGCUUCUACUAUGGCCAGUCCGUGUUUUUCAUUGGAAUUAUUGCUGUCACAUAUCUUCUGUUUCAGAGCAUAACAGUGGAGGUUGGUGAUAUCAUUGAGAAGUAUCUGAUCCAAAACAAGGAUGUCACCAAGGUGAUGAAAAUGGCACGAUUGGGAAGGCCUAAAGAGCGCCGUAAUGCUGCCUUUGAGCUGGCAAGCCUUGCUGCAAGCGGUGAAGAGAACAAGCAAAAGAUUGUCGGCGAAGGAGGCUUGCAAGUAUUAAUGAACCUGGCAUUGGGAAAUGACGAGUCAACACAAGAAUAUGCCACAGAAGCUUUAGCCGAGCUGCUUGUAGUACCGUCGAUCCAGGACCAGUUUAUUGAUAUGGGGGGUGCAAGGACGCUCUGCGCUUUGCUUCACAGCAGAAGUGAACGAUUGGUGUUUGAAGCUGCCAUGACAAUAUCAUUCAUAGUCUCGGACAGUGAAAACAACAGGAAGGCCAUAGCCGAUGAGGAAGGUCUUGAAGAUCUCUCUCAUGCAGCUUAUAAAGGGUCCAUGGAGACAGGCCGUUUGAUUGCUACUAUCCUUUUGGAGCUUUCGUUCGACUCGACAAUAAGGGAAAGACUCGCCACUCAAGAGCUUGCAGUUUCGACCUUGGUGCACUUGAUCAAAUCAAAUGAUUCAGAGACACAGAGACUUGCACUCCAAACUAUCGAGCUGUUAGCAAUCGAAAAUGCUGAGAUAGUCAUCGAAAAGGAAGAACUACUUCAUUUCAUCGUGAACAUUCCUUCAAUUUCUGAAGAUGAGCAGCUCUACCUAUUAGCUGGGAAAAUUCUUAUCUACUACGCAGAAUCAGAAUCUGCCUGUAGAAAGAUUAUUGAGAUCGAAGGAUUGAAGGAUUCGCUGCUUCAAUUUGCAAUGAGUCCGGACCCCGUCAUUCAGAAUGUUGUGGCAAGAGUGAUCCUGUCCAUGGUUGAAAAUUCCUUUGACCAGAAAGACAUUCUAUGCAUCGGUAUUAUCGAGGUAUUGGCUUACCUCCAUGACAACUGCCAAGAUCGCAAUGCCUGGGAGAUUGCUGAAAAGGCAAUAGAUUUGCUGCACGAGCUAACCUUACGGAUGCAAAAGAAGCAGGAUGCUGACCCAUCUACCAGCUCUCUCGUCGAGGGCUCCGUCUUGACAGACGUCAAACCUAUGUCAUUCUAAACGCGUUUUCUUGUUUAUUGUUGCACGAAGCCCGCAAUCUGCAAGGCUACGUCUUUUCAGGUUUAUUUAUACUUUGGAGAAAGCGAGCAAGUCAGAAAGUGAGGUUGGGGGUGGGGGGUACUCAUAAGAAAUCCUUGUGACAUCGAUUCAUCUCUAUUUUCCAUAGUCAUUAAUUGUACGAUGGAUUUUUUCAAAACUGUUCAGUGGGGAGAUGAGUAAGUAGGGAUGUUUUAAGAAAUUAUUCGACCAAAAAGCUUGUUGUUGUAAGAGUUUGUAUUAAUAUUGUUGAUUCCUGGUAUACUGAAACCUCCUUUGCUCCGAAAGAGGAAACAUUCCUUCGAUCUUGCCAGGGGCCUAUAAAAUUUUAGUUAACCUGGCUGUCAUUUAAGAGAACAUUUCUCAACCUCUACCCUCACGAAAAAUGAAAAAUAAUUACCGGAUACUAACUAUUUCACGGUUUUUUCUUUACCCCGAAAAUCAGGUUUGUGUUUUAAAUGUAAUAUCCAUUGAAUCGUCUCCAUCGUGAGAUUUGUUAUCGUCAAUGGAAGAUAGUAAAUAAUUAUCUUUUGGACUUUAACCAUGACCUUUUUAACAUCGUUACAAGGGGGCGAUUGCCUCUUCAGUCCCCUUUAUAAGAACAAAUGCUUGACACCCCAGCUAAAGUCCCUUAGAUAAAGCCACGAUUUCAACGUAAGGGCCACAAAAGUUGGCAAUCAUCAAUUAAAAAUCAUUCAUGAUCAUCCUUACAGGUCUCUACAUAUUGAAUUAGGUAUAUGCUUUCCAGAAUUUAUUUAUACAUCGAUAGGUUUAGAAAUAGCACUUAUGCGUGAGCUGAUAAAAGGAGGAUUGUCAAGACAGGCUUUUCCAAAGGAGAUGCACCAUACCAGUAUGCAGGGUGAUAUCAUCUUCGGAAAGCUGGGUGUCAUAUGCGAAUAUUGUUUAGAGACCUUGCUGGGGAGCGGCAUCGGCACUUGCUGAUAUCUGUAUAUACACUUGUAUUUAGUUUAUAAAUUAACUUGACGUGACACGCAUACAAUCACUAAUGUCGGGUAACAUUAGUGCUCAGUGUCAAAUUUGAUUGCUGUAUGAAUUAAACUAAGUUAUCUAACUUAUUAUAGUUUUCUAAUCAUCCUGUCAUAGGAUUAUAGCGUGUAUUUUCAAGUACCAUUUCUGUAAAUAUCAUCAGAGUUCGCCACUUUUGUAGCAAAUGCGUAA